AAUAACAUAUGACCCCCUUUCUUCCUCAGCACAAAUACUGAAAAACAAAUUCAAUCAUUGUCGUGAAUAGGCAGCUUGCUAAAGGAGCCGAUAAGUUUAACAACACGUGACGUAUAUGCAGUAGUCAUUGUUGUCGACUUAUAUAAAGAAUUGUUAAGUGGAAUCCUGUUUGAUGUGGGGUUAUUGAUUCAUCCGAACCAGUCUAGGGGUCUACAUGAAUUGGGAAGCGUCUCGAUCUCUCCAUCAUACAUUUGAAAAUUCGCCCUACAGACUGUGCUGACAACUGACAUUGCUGGAGUUAGAUCUGAAUGGCAAUGUAAUGACACUUGUUGUGCAGGAGCAUUUUCUCUUGGGUCGAAGAAAUGUGAGAAACUGCGACCGUGUUCCGAUACAGGACAAUAUAUCAUUCGAGCUGGAAAUGAGACACAGGAUAAUAAAUGCUGGUGUGAUGAGGGGAAACGUUUUUCACCAAUAAGACCCAAACUAUGUUGGGAGAAAAGCGAAGCCUGUGGUUGCUUGCAGUGUCCAGAGGGAACUAAACCAGACCUAGUAGACAAGAAUGGCCAAUAUGUUGAGCAUUUCGACAAAGACAAACAUUGCAAGCGUAUGUGCGAACCUACUGGCAACAGAAUUGGGGAUGGGAUUGGUAUUGGGAUUGCUAUUAGUAUUGGUGUUUUUUUUGUUGUGUUGUUCAUCCCAUGGAUUUACUACUGUUGGCGUUACAAAAAAUGCACAUUUCCAUUUAAAUUCAUGACAAAAGGUGGGUAUUCAACAUCUUUACGAAUGAUCGUGUGUAUUAAAUUUCAUUUAUCGUACAUAGUCAUUUGACU